CGACUCUAAUGACUAUGAAACCGCAUGGCCAUCCUCAAUACCGACUGUUACAGACUUCAUCAGCACUCUGACUGUUCUCUGACUGAUUGCCUUGCCAAGCCAGCUGCGACCACCCGUUCAACAUGCCGUCCUGUCUCUCGUCGUUGAGAUCUGUGCUGGUGCCUCAGCGCGACCGGAGCUCUCAUGUCCCCCAAGAAGGCCCCAGUCAGCGGCCAUGCACACAGGGGGUCGCGCCCUCUCUUCAGGAGGAAAAGGGUGGUAUGAGCAUACAAUCUCAUUCGCACUCGCACACGGGCUGCUGCGACUUCACACCGCUACCCGUAUACUCCGCUCAUGACGGAACGAUCUCGGCUCAUGUACAGCAGACCGACUUGCCGGAGCCUUCCGAUGAGACCAAAGAGCUGUUUGAGGACCUGCAAGCAAAGAUCAAUGCUCUCGACAAGGAGCUUAGAGGUUUGAGUCUCAAGAUGUGGGACCUGAAGGAGGUCGCGUGGGAAGAGAGGAAAACGCACGAUCUCUUCAUCGACUACUUUACCGACCUCAACAAGCGUGCCCCGAAUGGCUCACCUAAGUGGAAAUUGACCCCGCACGCUCAUGGAUUUGAGACGGCCUGGAGGGCAGAGUUUGUGAACGCGCCAAAUGGGGAGGCCAGCAAAGAUAUCCCUUGCGUCGGUUUCAACUCCGAGCUGGACGCUUUGCCAGGCAUUGGCCACGCAUGUGGACACAACUUGAUCGCAAUCGCUGGCAUUGCUGCUUCAUUGUCCGUCGCUUCGCAUCUUGUAGAAAAGCGUAUUGCGGGUAAGGUCGCCCUGCUAGGAACACCUGCGGAGGAGCGCGAUGGAGGAAAGAUCGACCUGCUUGCCAAGGGCGCUUACGACGGCAUGGACGCGUGCUUGAUGGUGCAUCCCACACCAGCGAACACCGUCGGCUCUUUCCUGGCCGUCGUGCCCGUGAGGGUCGACUUUUCCGGCAAGACGGCUCAUGCUGGCAUGGCUCCUUGGGAAGGUGUCAAUGCUCUCGACGCUGCUGUGCUUGCCUACAACAACAUCAGCUUGUUGCGUCAACAGAUCCGACCCGAUUGCCGAGUGCACGGCAUAAUCAGUGGAAACGAUUGGGCACCCAACGUGAUCCCAUCAUCUUCUCGCCUGACGUACAACGUUCGAGCUCCCGACGUUGCCACUCUCACGCCCCUGCGCGAGAGGGUGCACAAGUGCUUUGAAGCGGCUUCUCUGGCCACAGGUUGCAAGGUCGACAUUACGUGGGGCAAGACUUAUGAGGAUACUAGGAACAGCGCUCCUUUGAGCUUGGCUUACAGAGCUCUUAUGAAAUCGGUCUACAAUGCGGAUUAUAGCACUGCCAGCGUAUCUGGAAGCACCGAUUUUGGUAAUGUCACGCAUGCGCUGCCAGGCUGUCAUCCUACGUACGCCAUCAAGUUGGAGAACCCCGCAGGGGAUGGCAACCACACCAUCGGAUUUGCGAACGCCGCCAAGACGCUCGAAGCGCACGAGCGUACUAAAGAAGCGGCUGCGGGCAUUGCUACGGUCGGCGCACAGGCUUUGAUCGACGCGCAGUUCAGAAAGCAAGUCAAGGACGAGUUCGAGGCAUGGAAGAAGGAUCAGAAGAAAUGAUCGAGGUCGGCGAUCGAAGGGCAGACCAGUCAGAGCUGCUGCCAGCGCGAGGCGCGAGCGAAUUAUUCACGCAAAGGUAGUCCUAGUGUACAUUCUUGCCGGCAUUGCCUUCAGGUAUCCGAGCUUUCCACGCAUUGUUCCUAGCGCACUCUACAUCCCGCGUCAUUCUGGCCCUCACAGCAUCCUCCACACGCUUCCUCCGUUGGCUUUGCUCUUCCUCUGUUUCCGAAUUUAUAAGCAAUUCCCAUGUUCUUCGACGACCGA